AUUCUUCCACUACUCGGUGAUGGUGGCUUCUAUGUACUUUCCUUUCUUUUUCCCAUUUCAGAUUUAAACCCGCUUUCCCUCAAACUCAUCUUCAAGGGACCCUUUGUGAAGAAAAAUUGAGACUUUUGUUGAGGUGGGUUUGAAGUAGUUUGAAUCUUUGAGACCUGAGAGAGACCCAAAAGAGAAAAAAAUGUCAAGGAGAGAUCUAGAAAGUGGAGGGGUAAGCAAGAACAACAGAGCAGUGGCCAACAACUAUUCUGCUGCUCCUACUUCCUAUGUUUAUGAUCCGGAUAUUCAUUGGACAUCGUGGCUUGUGCCUCUUUUUGUGGCGGUUAAUGUUGUGGUUUUCAUUGUGGCUAUGUAUGUUAACAAUUGUCCCAGGAAAAAUCUUGGGAUUGAAGGUGAUUGUGUGGCUAGGUUUCUGGGCAGGUUUUCCUUCCAGCCUCUUCGGGAAAACCCAUUGUUUGGACCCUCUUCCUCAACUUUAACAAAGAUGGGAGCACUUCAGUGGGAUGAUGUUGUGAAUCAUCAUCAAGGAUGGAGGCUUGUCACUUGCAUAUGGUUACAUGCUGGAGUUGUGCAUUUGGCAGCGAACAUGUUGAGUCUGGUCUUCAUUGGCAUUCGCCUUGAACAACAGUUUGGGUUUGUGAGAAUAGGAAUCAUUUACCUGUUGUCUGGAUUUGGUGGAAGCGUAUUGUCUUCUCUAUUUAUUAGAAACAACAUCUCAGUUGGUGCUUCUGGUGCACUUUUUGGACUUCUUGGAGCAAUGCUUUCAGAACUUAUCACAAACUGGAGUAUUUAUACCAAUAAGGCUGCUGCUUUGUUCACACUUCUGCUUAUUAUUGUCAUCAAUCUUGCCAUUGGAAUGUUGCCACAUGUUGAUAACUUUGCACAUAUUGGUGGAUUCCUCACAGGAUUUCUCCUUGGUUUUAUUUUGCUGCUCCGUCCUCAAUUUGGGUGGUUAGAGCAGCGACACCUCCCUACCGGGGUUCGCCUCAAAUCAAAAUUCAAGGUUUACCAAUAUGUGCUAUGGAUUGUCUCCAGUAUUUUAUUGAUUGUUGGGUUAUCUGUUGCUCUAGUGAUGCUAUUCCGGGGUGAGAGUGGAUAUGAUCACUGCCAUUGGUGUCACUACCUAACGUGCGUUCCAACUUCUAAAUGGAAAUGCAAUGACAAUUGAACAUAAGGGCAUGAGCUAUUCCUGUUCUUAUAUGUAUAGCUAUAGCUCUUUCAAGUUGGUUGUUUUAUCAUUUAUUUUACUUUGUUAAUUCCUUUAAAAGACGAGUUAUUGGUUUGUCUA